AUGGCUGUUAUCCUCUGCUUAGACUCUCCGAGUAUUAUGGAUAUUUCAAUAACCUCAGAAACCGAAGAGACAAAACCAAACGUUAAUAAUGUGCCAGACUAUAUCAGCGAAAUCCAUACGUACCUUAGGGAAAUGGAGGUGAAAUGCAAGCCUAAAAUAGGCUACAUGAGGAAGCAACCUGACAUCACAAACAACAUGCGGGCUAUUCUUGUGGACUGGCUGGUGGAAGUUGGAGAAGAAUACAAACUACAGAAUGAAACCCUGCACUUAGCUGUAAAUUACAUUGAUAGGUUUCUUUCUUCAAUGUCUGUUUUGAGAGGAAAACUUCAGCUUGUGGGUACUGCAGCCAUGCUGCUUGCAUCAAAGUUUGAAGAAAUCUACCCUCCCGAAGUAGCCGAGUUUGUCUACAUCACAGAUGACACCUACACCAAGAAGCAGGUUCUAAGGAUGGAGCACUUAAUUUUGAAGGUUUUGUCAUUUGACUUGGCAGCUCCAACAAUCAACCAGUUCCUCACCCAGUACUUUUUACAUCAGCAGACAGAUGCUAAAAUGGAGAGCCUCUCAAUGUACCUUGGGGAGCUGAGUCUAAUUGAUGCUGAUCCUUACCUGAAAUACUUGCCAUCAGUUAUUGCUGCUGCAGCAUUUCUUUUAGCAGACUACACACUCACUGGACGAACUUGGCCUGAAUCCCUGUGCAAAGUAACUGGCUACACCCUUGAAGACAUCAAGCCUUGCCUCAUGGACCUACACAACACCUACCUCAAAGCAGCCCAGCACACACAACAGUCCAUAAGGGAAAAGUACAAGAGUACAAAGUACCAUGAAGUAUCGCUUAUUGACCCGCCAGACACACUAAACUUAUUGUAAUAAUCAAGAGACUGAUCUUUUCAAGAGAUGUAUAUUACCAGGAAAUGAUGUACAGUUUUAAACAUGGUUCAGAAUUCUAGAUGUGAUCACUCAGAAUACAGGCUUUGAUGACUUUAAUUAUGAAGUUAGUUUUAUGAGGGUUUAAUGUAAAUCUUUUGUACAUGCAAUCUUGUUAAAGAGUUUUAACCGUGUUUUUAUCCAAAUGUUUUCUUCAGGCACAGAAUUAACCAUGCAGACUGUGUGAGGUCUGAGACUGCCUAACUACUUAUAGCCUAAACGUUAAUAUUAGGGGUGCACUAUUUUAGUGGGGCUUUUUCUCCUUCUGGGUAAGAAAGACUUGGGCUCCACAGCAGUAUUUGUAGCAUUUUUAUACUGUCUAGUUUAAACUGAGACUUAGCAUAGAUCCAAAGUGUGGCUUCAUGUCUAUUAUACCGGAAGAAUCUAUAUGGCUGUGAGGAGAACACCUUGCUGGAAUGGACUCGUGAGCCUCUCUUAGGAUGUGCCCUGUGAUUUAGUGCCAGAGCUUCAUCAGGCUGAAUGCUCUGCUGCAGGGGCUGCACGGUUAAAACUCCUACACCAGUUCAUACUUCUCACUGCCACUACAUAGAAAAUGGUCUUGCUACAGGUGUUUUCUUGUGCAUGUGUAAAACUGAUACUAAUAAACCCACGGAGUUCCCAGGGACAUGUUAGCUGUCCCCAAAGCCCAUCAAUACCUACUAAAAAAAAUGAGUCUUCAGUCUGCUUACCUUGUACCUCUUUAAGGGUGGUGGAGGGAUUAAACUGCAGGAGGGUGAACUACUGCUCUGUGCCCUCAAGGGGAGGAAAUGUCUUCUGGUAUGGAUGGGCUACGUGCAGAACUGUAUGGAUUCUGUACAGCCCUCAUGCUUGGAGAGAGUUCCUCUGCAGCAAAAAUGCAGACCAACUGGUUGUAUUUUUCCUUAGUUCUGGAACUCUGUUACAUGAGCAAACAUAAUCAGCAUUAGAUCCAAUGGAUGUUUACCUUCAGCCUGUGUAAAUGGAGUGAUGCUGCCCUGCACCUGCUGUUCUCUGCAUGUAAAGCAGUGAGUGCACAGAAGUGGGGUUGAAUUAAGCCAUUUCCAGGUUGGCCAAUAAACAGGUUUUGUAUCUGA